AUGCCGAUGCGGGACCCCUUACUGGACGCCAGCGGGAUCGGAAAGCCGUUCACGGAGCCGAGCUACAAUGUCCGCAGCCCCGAGGAUAUCAUCACGCUUUGGCAAUGGAUGAGCGUCUCGUGGAUGGCGCCUCUCGUCCGAAUUGGCUACCAGAGACAGCUCCACAACGAAGACGUGUGGUUCUUGGCCUACGAAUUCCAACACAGCCGACUGCACGUGCUGUUCCGCGAGAUAUCGGGCACCGUGUUCGUCAGGCUGCUGAAGGCCAAUGGCCUCGACCUCCUCAUCACGACAGGCCUCGGUGUUUUUGAGACCUCAGUCGACCUCGCAGAGCCCGUCUUGCUCAAGCAGCUGCUUGGGGCACUGACCUCGGACCGACCAAACCUCAGAACGGCGAUUGUUUAUGCUGCGGUUACUCUCCUCUUGCGGCUUGCCAAAGCGCAAUCCAGCGUGUUCAGUGUGUGGUUCACCCGGCGCGCCUAUGAGCGGUCCCGGGGAGAGAUGAUCACCAUGAUCCAUGAGAAGACGCUGAGGAGAAAGGCGUUUACGUUUCCCAGCAGCCACGAGCUACUCCCUCAUGAGCAGACAGAGCAAACAGAGCAAACCGAGCAACCUGCGCAGGAGUCUCACGACGAAGGCACCUCCACGGCCACGACGCUCGCGGACGCGGACAGCGAGUCUCAAGGAGGCAGCAGCAAUGACGCCGACUCCAGCAACAGCAGCAGCCCCUCCACCUUCGAGAAGUUCAAGUCCCUGCUCCGUCGCGGCUACACCCGAAUCGAGUCGUCAUCACCACCACCACCGGCGCCAGCGCCAGCGCCUCCCGCUCCUUCCGCCUCCGCCCAGGACACGACGGCGACGUCCCCGGCCUCCACCGGCAAGAUCCUCAACCUCAUCCGCAGCGACGCGUACGAAGUGGCCCAGCGCUUCUGGGAGUUCCCCAGCCUGACCACGAAGCCGCUCAACUUCGUCCUGUCGCUCCUCCUGAUCUGGCGCAUCCUGGGCCCGGCUUCGCUGGCCGGUAUCCUGGUGCUGCUCGGCGGGAUGGCCGUCAACGUGCUCUUCAUGCGCCUGCUGCUGCGCAUCGAGCGCGUGCGCCGGGACCUGACCGACGCCAAGCUGCAGCGCACGAGCCAGUUCGUCGAGGCCAUCCGCCAUCUGCGCUGGUAUGCCUGGCAGGACGCCUGGCUGGAGAGGAUCAUGGACAGCCGCGCGGCCGAGCUGCGGAAGCGCGUCGAGAGCAACGUCGUCAUGAAGGGCAUCGCCACGGUGAAUGCGCUCGCGGCCUACCUGUUCCCCGUCGUCGGCUUCUGGGCGUACACCGUGGUGAGCGGCAACAAGCUGACGGUCGAUGUGGCCUUUCCGGCGCUGGAUCUGUUUGGGAUGCUGCAGAAUAGCCUGCGGGAGCUGCCGGACUUGGUGACCGUCCUGCUGAAUGCGAGGGUUGCGAUGGGCAGGAUCGAGAAGUUCAUGCUGGAGCCGGAGAAGGAGGAUUCGGAGGAGGGCGAUCUGCUGGGCGGUAAUGCCGAGGUUGGCCCGCCGGGGGAGUUGGAGAUUGUGGUCAAGGAGGCGUCCUUCUCGUGGCCGGCAUCUGCGAAGAGAGUCCUGUCGGAUGUGUCGGUCGUGUGCAGGCCCGGGUUGACGCUGGUGUGCGGCAAGGUGGGCGCCGGCAAGACGGCUCUGCUGCAGGCUAUUAUGGGCGAGCUGGACCAGCACGGCGGUGAGAGGGCGAUGCCGCGCGAGAUGAUCGGCUACUGCGCUCAGACGCCCUGGCUCGAGAGCAUGAGCAUCCGAGAGAACAUACUGUUUUCCGCCGUCUACGACAGGGCCCGAUUCGAGCAGGUUAUUGACGCCUGCUGUCUCCGAGACGACCUCGACAGGUUCAAAUCCAAGGACCUGACGCUGAUAGGAGAGAACGGCGUGGGCCUGUCGGGCGGCCAGCGGGCACGUGUGGCUCUGGCGAGGGCCAUCUACAGCCAAGCACGCAUCCUGCUUCUCGAUGACCCCAUCGCGGCGCUGGAUCACCAUACGGCCACCAGCAUCCUCCAGAAUCUCUUUGGCGACAAGAGCUCGCCGCUGACCGCCGGCCGACUUGUCAUCUUCGUUACCCAUCGCGUCGAUAUUGCCACGCCCUAUGCGUACCAAGUUGUCGAGGUUUUGGAUGGCGGCCGGGUAGAGACUUUCGACAGGAAGGAGCUCGAAAACAACGAGGAGGAGCUGGUGCACCUGGCCGAGAUUGCUGGCCAGGCCGUCUCGCAGCCCGACGUGACGGCAGACAACGACGGGGGCUCUGCAGAAGAAGAAGAAGGAGAAGAUGAUGAGCCGGAUCCAGACAACUUCAUCGAGGAAGAGCGCCGGGCUCAUGGAGGAGUCUUGGCUUCCGUGUAUUGGCAAUACGUCAAGGCUGGUCACCUGGGCUGGUGGGCCACCAUGGUUGCCUUCUUCAUCCUCUUCCGUGUUGUCAAGCUCGGGUACUUCUGGUUCCUGAAAGAAUGGGGCGAGCAGUACAAACACGCGUCGGAUGGCAUUCACAAUGCUUCCUUCGUUGGCCAAGGGAGGGACUGGAGAGACUGGGAAGGCCUGCAGUACGCGAUUGCCUCGCAGAGCGUCUUCCAGGGGUAUCCUCAAACAUCCGACAACAAGAGUUGGCUCGACCUGGGCCGGUACCUCCCUUCGCCGGCCACUGAUGUGCGGCCGUGGCUCUGGGGGUUUCUGGCACUGUCGCUGGGCCAGGUGCUCGCCCAGGCGCUCGCCGAUGCCGCGCUUGUGGUCAUCAUCUAUAAGGCGGGCAAGAACCUCUUCGAGAGGGCAAUGCAGCGGGUGGCCAACGCCACGUUCCGCUUCUACGACGUCACGCCCGUCGGCCGGCUGAUGAACCGGCUGACGUCGGAUAUGGGCACCAUCGACGGCCAGAUCGCCGGCCAGCUCAUGUCGGUGGCAUGGUGGGUGCUAGCCUGGCUGUCGUCGGUCGUUGUGAUCUCGGCGGCCACGCCGUCCUUCUUGCUCAUCAGCAUCACCAUGACCAGCCUCUUCGUCUUCAUCUUCAACCGCUUCCUGCCCUCGUCGCAGUCCCUGCGCCGCCUCGAGACGGUGUCCCUCUCGCCCCUGAUGUCCAACUUCGGCACGCUCGUCGAAGGGCUGACCACCGUGCGAGCCUUCCGCGCCGAGCCGCACUUCCAGAGCCGCGUCGUCGCAAGCACCGACGCCUUCCAGAAGAUGGACCACAUCUACUGGUCUCUGCAGGCCUGGCUGCAGUACCGCUUUGACGUGCUCUCGGCGCUGAGCACCUUCGCCUUGGCGCUCACGGCCAUCCUCUCGGGGCUGUCGAGCGGCACCGUCGGCUUCGUGAUGGCCUCGGCGUCCGGCUUCGUGCAGGCCACGCACAGCCUCUGCCGCCGCUACGGCGAGAUGCAGAUGCAGUUCGUCAGCGUCGAGCGCGUCAUCGAGCUGCUCGGCCUCGAGGAAGAGCCCCGCGGCACCGUCCGCCCGCCCGCCGCCUGGCCCCUCCACGGCGACGACAUCGUCUUCGAGAACGUCACGCUGCGCUACGCCCCCGCCCUCGACCCAGUCCUGACCGACAUCAACCUCGUCAUCCCCGGCGGCGCCAACGUCGCCGUCACGGGCCGCACCGGCUCGGGCAAGAGCACGCUCGCCCUGAGCCUGCUGGGCACGCUGCACCCGGACCGGGACCGGGACGGGGGCCCAACAUUGGACCGAGGAGGAGGACGCAUCCGCAUCGGCCCCGUCGACCUCGCCGACGUGGACAAGCACGCGCUCCGGCGGAACAUCACGUUCGUCGCGCAGGACCCGGUCCUGUUCCCCGGCACGCUGCGCGACAACCUCGACCCGCUGGACGAGCGCGACGAGUCGGAGCGCGCCGACGUGCUGGCGCGCGUCCUGGGCGGGUCGGGCGGCGGCUUCACGCUCGACAGCCGCGUCGACGGCGGCGGCAAGAACCUGUCGCAGGGCCAGCGGCAGCUGGUCGGGCUGGGCCGCGCCAUUCUCAGGAGGAGCCCCGUGGUCAUCCUGGACGAGGCGACGGCGUCCAUCGACGCCGAGACCGCGGCCUAUAUCCAGCGCCUGUUGAGGGAGGAGCUGCGGUAUAGUACCGUCAUCACCAUCGCGCACAAGGCGGAGGCCGUCGAGGAUGCCGAUUACGAGGUGGUGCUGGACCGCGGGAGGGUGGUCAGGGCGGGGCCAAGGGGCGCUCGGCUGGAGCGAGAGCGGGAGCGGGAGCGGGAGCGAGAGCGGGAGCGGGAGCGGGAGCGAGAGCGGGAGCGGGAGCGGGAGCGGUCAUGA